AUGUCAUGGCGUCCGCAGUACCGUAGCUCCAAGUUCCGGAACGUUUACGGCAAGGCGGCCAGCCGGGAGCACUGCUUCGACGGCAUCUCCAUCACCAAGAACGUCCACGACAACCACUUCUGUGCCAUCAACCCCAGGUUUCUGGCCAUCGUCACCGAGUCUGCCGGUGGAGGCACCUUUGUGGUCAUCCCACUGGACCAGAUAGGACGGAUCGAUCCACUUUACCCCAAAGUCUGUGGUCACCAAGGAAACGUGCUGGACAUUAAAUGGAACCCCUUUGUGGACAACAUUGUAGCUUCCUGUUCCGAAGACGCAUCUGUGAGACUGUGGGAGAUCCCGGAUGGCGGUCUGAAGAGGAACAUGUCCGAGGCGGUCCUGGAGUUGUACGGACACAGUCGGCGCGUUGGUCUCAUCGAGUGGCACCCCACGACCAACAACAUCUUAUUCAGCGCCGGUUACGACUAUAAGAUACUAAUCUGGAACCUGGACAGCGGUGAGCCGGUGAAGAUGAUCGACUGCCACACCGACGUGGUCCUCUGCAUGUCCUUCAACACCGAUGGCAGCCUCUUCGCCACCACCUGCAAGGACAAGAAGCUGAGGGUCAUCGAGCCAAGAUCUGGGAAAGUGCUACAAGAAGCCAGCUGCAAGAGUCACAAAGUCAACCGUGUUGUGAUCCUGGGGAACUCGAAGAGGUUGCUGACUACAGGAGUGUCCCGGUGGAACACCAGGCAGAUCGCCCUCUGGGAUCAGGAAGACUUAUCGAUGCCAAUUAAAGAAGAAGAAAUCGAUGGGCUCUCGGGGCUCCUGUUCCCUUUCUACGAUGGUGACACACACAUGCUGUACUUAGCUGGAAAGGGUGAUGGGAAUAUCCGAUACUAUGAAAUUAGCACUGAGAAGCCAUAUCUCCACUACUUGAUGGAAUAUCGCUCACCAGCUCCACAGAAGGGGAUGGGUGUGAUGCCAAAACACGGGCUGGACGUGUCCAUGUGUGAGGUGUUUCGGUUCUACAAGGUGGUUACACUGAAAGGAGUGAUCGAGCCAAUAUCAAUGAUCGUGCCACGAAGGUCUGAAACGUACCAAGAAGAUAUCUACCCGAUGACACCCGGGACAGAGCCUGCACUGACGGCAGACGAGUGGCUCAGCGGCAUGAACAGAGAUCCGAUUCUAAUGUCUUUGAAGGAAGGUUACAAGUCCACAAAUGUCGCCUUCAAGCCGCCAAAAAAGGAUAAGAAAAGUGUGGUGGUGAAUGGAAUCGAUCUAUUGGAAAACAUACCACCUCGAACAGAGAAUGAGCUUCUGCGAAUGUUCUUCCGACAGCAAGAGGAGAUCCGGAGGUUGAAGGAGCAGCUGAUGCAGAAGGACGUGCGGAUACACCAACUGGAACUGGAGCUGAAGAAUCUGCAGAACGUGCCGAAGAGCACCUGACCUCUGGCUCCCAGCCGCCCUCAACUCAACCCUCCGGCAUGUCACCGACUUAUCAGCAACGGUUAUACGCAGAUUGUAAGAAUGCUAUAGGACCUUUGAAACCCGCCCAACCUGCCCCACCAUCCCGAGACGAGAGGUAAACUGGAAACCACGUCCGUUUGUCCGAACUGUUUAGCCAUAUGCACAACUAACAGCAGGUAUCUGGAGAGCUAAACACCGUCUAUACAGAUCGCGGCAUCUUUGGCAGGCUAGAGACGCUUCCGCUUGAACAAGUGCUGCAUGCUAAUGAAUUUUAACCUUGUUUUACAAUUAAAUACUCCAAGGUG